AAGAAUUUCCAGCUUGCCAGGAAGAUGGAGAAAUUGGAGAAGAAGGUUACGAGAUUUCUUAAUGGUCCCAUGCAGGCGCACGUGCUUGCUGGUAUUCAGCGCAUGAGGUUCGAGACAGCCGAGCGAUUCGAUCGGCUGGAGCAGAGACUUGAUGUUCUCCUUACAACCCUCCUCAUGACGAUCAUUUUGCCAGGGGAGGAAUAUCUUGAAAAUUUUGGUGGUAACCAGGGCAUUGAUGCUGCAGCAUGAAAUUGGCAUUUGCUCCUCUCUUAUAUUUCAAAGGAUACUAUAGUUAAAUUGUGACAUAAGAACAGAAAAUAGACUAUAUUGGCAACAAUAAAGGCGUCCAGGCUUGUAUGCUGGAUGUGGUGUAUGCUGUAUACGUGGUGCAUUUGGCUCGUCUCCAUGGUUUGUUAGUCUGGUGUACUAUGUUGCAUACUGGCUACUGGUAUUGUAGCGUGCUUGUUAUUAGUUAUGCUAUAUUUCAUUAGCUGUUCAUGGACAGGCUUCCAAUGAAUGGGAUAAUAUACAUUUGUGGUUGUG